AUGCUAUCUAAUCUAUUGAAAUGUAUACAAGAUAUUUGGGAGUUACAUCCUACUGCAGUUUUGGUGGCCUUAAUCGCUUUCUUAAUUAUCUACUUCUUCUACCACAAAUACGUCACAAUACUGCAACAUUUCAUCAAAUUAGGUAUACCUGGACCUAAACCAUGGCCUAUUUUAGGCAAUGUACCCGAAAUUGGUCAACUAGGAGGUCAACAUCUAGCUCAUAUGUACUAUAUUAAAAAGUAUGGGAAAGUAGUCGGCUUGUUCUAUGGUACUGAACAGAUAACCCUCGUCUCUGAUUAUGAGAUGAUUAAAAAGAUAUUAGUCAAGAACUUUCAUUUAUUUCCAAACAGGCGAGUACCAGUAAAAUUUCCGUUCGAUUACCUUAAUAAGGCCUUAACUGUUGUACGAGACCAAGAAUGGAAAAAUAUUCGAGAUACAAUCACUCCUACAUUUAGUGCUAAUAAAUUAAAAGCAGUAUUGCCAAUUGUUGAUAAUUCAUCACAAGAACUUCGAUCUGCUUUAACAUCAUAUGCACGUCAAGGAGAAAUUAUCGAUGCACGAAAAGUGUUUGGAAAAUUUACGAUGGAGGUGAUCUUAAGUGUCGCGUUUGGCGUACAGCUGAAUACUCAAGACACAGCUUUAACUGAUGCAGCUUCCAAAUUGUUCUCCGGAGUAGGAACGAGAGUUUUACUUGCAAUAAUAUCGCCUUACUUACUUGAAUUAAUUAGGAGUUCACCAUUAGAUUUUGAAGCUAAAUAUUUCCGACGUUUAGAUCGUGUAGCUCGUCAAAUUAUCAAAGAGCGGCGCCAAUCUGGUGCUCCUGAGCGUAAAGAUUUGUUACAAUUAAUGUUAGAUGCACAACAAUCUGGCAAAUUAUCGGAUGAUGAUAUUGUUGCUCAAAGUUUUGUCUUUUUACUAGCUGGUUACGAAACCACUGCUAGCACCCUAUCUUUUAUUAGCUACUUACUUGCCCUUAAUCCCGAUGUUCAAGAAAAGCUAAUUAAUGAAAUUGAUGAUGCGUUCAGUAGAAUCGACGACGAUUUAAGUUAUGAACAAAUCUAUGACUUAAAAUAUUUAGACAUGGUUAUCGCUGAAACAUUAAGACUUUAUCCGCCUGCCCCGAUUCUUAUGCGCGAAGCAGCUCAAGAUUGUACUAUUGGAGAUUACCAAUUUAUUGCUGGGACAUCAGUAUUAAUACCUACUUAUGCUCUUCAACGUGAUAGUACAGAAUGGCCCGAUCCAGAAAAAUUUAUACCGGAACGGUUUACUCAAGAAGAGAAACGAAAACGCAAUCCGAUGAGUUAUUUACCGUUUGGUACUGGACCAAGAAUCUGUAUUGGUAUGAGAUUUGCUCUAAUGGAAGUAAAAAUAGCAUUAGUAACAGUGUUACGAGCUGUUAAGUUUAUUCGUGUUAAAGAAACCGAGGUGCCACUACAUCUGAAUGCUGCAAUUACUAUUUCCCCGAAAAAUGGUAUCAAGAUAGGAUUAGAAGGAAGGUGUUUACCAUAA